AUGGCUAACAACAACAACAUCCCAAACCCCGAUCCCUUCCUCCUGGAACAGCUGAUCGAAGAUUCCACCCGCGAGGUGACGAAUCGUCGUCGGCAGGAAGAACCACAACAUGCUCUUGCCGGACAGAGAAGGUCGAGACAUGAGACCUCGCAACCUAGGAGGCAGCGGAUCCAGAGCAUCCAGCAGCUGCAGGGCUUCCAACAGGUUCAGAAUGUCGAACAAACCCCUCCCGAGGGACACGUUCAGAACGGGGAAGACGAGCAGGCCCGAACCCACAAUGGGCCUGAACAUCCCCAAAAUGAGAAUGAGACUGACGCCAGAGACGGGCACGCUGCUUCCUCAUUCACCCACACCUCCGACAGGCAGAGAGCCCGUCAUGAAGAAGAGGAGGAGCCGCUCAACAUCCCCGAGGAUACUGACCCCAUCAUUGACCGUCUGCUCAAAGAACUGCAAAAGACGAACAGCCUCCUCCGACUUCAGGACGACCGCAUCCACGAGCUGGAAAGGAAGCGACGACACCGCUCCCCUCCGCGGAGGCACUACUGGUCGCGCUCCUACUCCUCCUCGCGCUCACCACCGAGGAGACACCGUCGGUGUUCCCCAUCUUCUUCACGCUCUCCACCUAGAAGACAUCGCCGCCGGAGAUCAUAUUCCCGCUCUCCACCAAGAAAGAGCAGGAAGAAUCAGAGACCAGAUGUCACUGAAGCAAGAAGCCUCUCCCCCGAGCAGGGUCAUCGGGGCCCUUCCAAGGCUGUGCUGAAACCCCGCGAGCGUCCUCCACCUCGGGACAAUCGCGUCAGCCCCGACAAUAACCAGGGAAGACCCCGGCGAGGCAGACAUUCAACUUCACCAGGACCGAGCGACGAAGAGGACUUCCGCAGCCCUUUGUUCGAGAACAUCCGAAGAGCCCGCCUCCCUCGAUGGAUGGAAAAACCCCUAGACGACCCCACAUUCGAGCACAGGCGAAACACCGUUCAAGUUAACCUAUGGCACCGAAGCCGUGAUCCCCGUGGAGAUCCGAGAACCAUCUCGUCGGACUGA